CCAGCAGGCCAAGGACAAGGGAACAAACAGUGGGGCAUCCUGAGGCUGUGCAGUGCAGUUGGGAUGCUGGCAGAAGGCUUGGCAGGCCAGGGAAUGCCAUGGCAGGAUUCCCAGACUUGGUGAGGCAGAGGCAGACAGGGCAGGAGGCAGCUGCCAACAUCGGCUACCAUGAUGGCUGCCAGUAUGCAGCUGAGUCUGAGCGGCUCAGGAAGGCCAGGCUGCAUGUGGAAAAGGCCAUUAAGGAGAAGAAGAUCUUUGCAGUGCAGGGCCCUUACCCCGUCAUCCGCCGGCUGCUGCGCGCCCGGGGCUGGGUGGAGAGGAAGCUGCCCUGUAAUGGCAGGCAGCUGAAGCAGCAGCCUGGUGACCGAAGCAAACAGCAGCUGGAGAAGAAGGCAAGUGGUGGCGGUCAUGAGCAGGGGGAGGCAGUGCUGAGCCCACGUGGUGGGGCACAGCCUUCCUUGGGCACCGCAAAGCCCCUGCACCACCCACACGAUAAGGAGAAGAAGGGGCAAAGGGAAGAUGAAGACAAGAAGGAAGACAUGGAGCAGUGCAAUGAGGACUCUGAUGACAUCCAUGACCUUAUGUCCUUCCUGGUGCAGGACCAGGUGCCAAACUUCCUCUGGACCAUUCGCCUUAGCAACACUGACCAGGAGCUGUUGCGGAGGAUUGAGGUGGUGAACCGCUAUCCCCGUCUGUCUGCGCUUUGCACCAAGGAGGGGCUGUGCCAAAAUCUGCAAAACUUGCCCUGGUUUGAGCAAGUCGACUUCAAUACCUUUUUCCCCCGAUGCUACCGGCUGGGGAUCAUGGAUGAGCAGGAAGCCUUCAUCGAGGAUUUCCACCUGACAGCAGCUCGCAGCCUGCUCAAACUGGCCCUGCAGAAGGUCAGAGACAGGCCAGUGGGGACAGAGCAACUCCCAGAAUCUGACAAGGUGCCAGCAGAACCGUGCUCCCCCCUGUAUCCCCAGCUGGUGGAGGAGGCCCUGGAGGUCUGUGAGCAGCACCUGGGCAUCCUGGGGCACCAGGACAUCGACAGGAAGACCCCAUCACCCUGCCGCACGUGCAUCGACUGGGACCGCUUCCUUCCGGAAUGCUACCGUGUGGCACAUGAGGGUACCAGGCUGGUGCUGGGCAGGGAGCAGCAGGAGCGGUGCCAGGACCUGCUGCAGCGCCUGGAGGAGAAGCUGCCACAGUUCGGCAUAGAGGGCAACCUCAACGUCUGGAUCGUCAAGCCCAGCGCCAAAUCCCGUGGCAGGGGCAUCAUCUGCACGACGCGGCUGGAGGAGGUGCUGGAGCUGGCGCAGAGCUGCACGGGACCUCCGGCGCGGACGUGCAAGUGGGUGGUGCAGAAGUACGUGGAACGGCCACUGACCAUCUUCAGCACCAAAUUCGAUAUCCGGCAGUGGUUCCUGGUGACUGACUGGAAACCACUGACUGUCUGGUUCUACCGAGACUGCUACCUGCGCUUCUGCUCCCAACCCUUCUCCCUGUGUCACCUGGAGCCUGCUAGGCACCUCUGCAAUGUCUCCGUCCAGAAGCGAUACAAAACAUCACAGCCGGACUCCCGUGUGCCCCCCGACAAGAUCUGGUCCAACAAGCAGUUCCAGGCCCACCUGGCACAGCUGGGGCAGGCAAAUGCUUGGCAGCAGGUGAUGGUGCCCGGCAUGAAGGCAGCGAUCCUGAACGCCCUGUGUUGCACCCGGGACCAGGUGGGCUCCCGCAAGGGCAGCUUUGAGCUCUUCGGAGCCGACUUUCUCAUUGCGGAGGACUUCCAGCCCUGGCUGCUGGAAAUCAACUCCUGCCCCACCAUGAGUCCCUCCUCAGUGGUGACGCGCCAGCUGUGUGCCAACGUUCAGAGGGACACGCUGCGCCUCGUGCUCGACCGCAAAGACAACCCCACCUGUUCCAUUGGUGCCUUUGAGCUCCUUUACAGGGAGGUAGGCUGGGGGUUGGGGACAACCACAGCCCAGGCACACCAAACCCCUGCUGCCCCUUGUGUCCUCCUGCAGGCAGCCGUGUCCUCAUAUCUGACUGUGGGGCUGAAGCUGAUGGUCACGGGCUGUGCCCUGAAGAAGCCCCAGCUGGCAAAGCGUCGAUCCCAGGACAAGCCCUCCACCACUGUACUCAGUACUCCCCAGCUCCCUGCACCCUCAGGGGACACAGCCACCAAGGACCCCUGGUCCAGAAAGGCACAGGAAAAGCUGCCUCCUGGGGGACCGCAGAGCAGCUGCUGCCUACCCGAGUCUGACCCUCCAGAACUGCUACAGCCCCUGGACUGCUCUGCUGGGAUCCAGGAGUUGCCAUGGCUCCUUCACCUGGUGGUGGGGCAGCCCAAGGAAGCUCAGCCCCAGGAAGCUCUUCCCCAUACAGUCUUGCCAGUGAUCACCGGCUGUCGCCUGGAUAGGGGGCCUGUGCCACCGCCCCGGGGAGCAACCAAGAGCCCCUGGCAACCUCCGGGCGGUUCUGCCAGGAGCCAGGAGCUGCCAUGGCUCCUUCACCUGGUUGGGCAAGCUGAGGAUGCUCAGCCUAAGUCAGCUCACACCCAGGAAGCUCAGCCCCCGGUCAAUUGCCAUCCCCUGGGUACGUUGCCAUCGCCCCGGGAAGCGCCCAGGAGGCCCUGGCGGCCCCCAGGGGCCGGGAGCCAGGGGUUGCCACAGCUCAGUCAGCCGGGUGGGCAGCCUCAGGCUGCUCGGCCCCACAUAGUUCUGCCCCCGAUCAGUGCCCGUCCCCCGAUGCGGGGGCCUGUGCCACAACCCCGGGGAGCCCGCAGCAGACCCUGGCGACCCCCGGGCUGUGCACCGGCUCCUGCAGGACUUCCUGCCAGGCCAGCGCGCCUACCGGCGCUGUAA